AUGUCAAAAAGUCCUUCAAAUUUUAUUAUUCUACUUAUGAUUUGCAUGACCUUUUUUAGAUUAAUCCGAGGCAAUUAUGUCGCUUAUGCUGAUUAUCCUGACACCUCGGAAAGAAGUAGUCCACUAAUCGGUCGAUUUACUUGGAAAGAAACUUCAACAAACGUUACCCGACUUAAUGGAAAUUUCAUGUCAGGUUUUGACGAUCCAGACAUUAAUAAUUAUUCAUUCAGUUUGGAAGAUGAUCAUGAAGUAAUAUAUGAUUUCUCCAAAAACAUUCGAGAGUCUGUUAAGGUUGUAGAUCAUGGGAUCACACCUUAUGAAGAAUGUUUUGAAAAUGGCGUUAUGAGACCUAGAACAAUUAUAGGUUUAAAAUGUGUUAUUAAAUAUAAAGAUGAAAUAAUCGGGAACAGCCCUGUUAGACAUG